AACGCGAUUUUUUAUACCCUCACGGCCUCACACACACAACGUCUUAUGUAAUUGUAGCGAUCGCAGUCGUCAGUUUCAGAGAUAUCAUUCAAUCAUUUAGAAUUAGAAUCCGAAGUUUGAAACCUAAUCAACUCCUCCCACAAUCUCUUCCUCUUCUUCAGGACACACAAAAAUGAACAAAAGCAGCUUCAAGCAAGACCACGAUUUCGAAAAAAGGAAAGCUGAGGCUUUAAGGAUCAGAGAGAAGUAUCCUGAUCGAGUCCCGGUGAUUGUCGAGAAGGCUGAGAAAAGUGAUAUCCCAAACAUCGACAAGAAGAAAUUCCUUGUCCCAGCGGAUCUGACGAUUGGCCAAUUUGUGUAUGUAAUUCGCAAAAGAAUCCAACUUAGUGCAGAGAAAGCUAUCUUCAUCUUUGUUGAUAAUGUUCUUCCUCCCACUGGAGCGAUGAUGUCAACGAUCUACGAAGAGAAGAAAGAAGAAGAUGGAUUCUUAUAUGUUACCUACAGUGGGGAAAGCACAUUUGGAUCAUCAAUAGUUCUAUGAAUCUGAUAGAAAAACCGAUCUCAAGCUUCAUAAUUUCCUAUCGAAUAAUUUGAAUUUGAUGUUCUUGCUUUUUAGUGUAAUGUAAAUAUAUUCAGUUCUCUUUUUUGUUCAAAACUUCAAACAGCAAAAGCUCUCGCUUCUGUUUA